AUCCUUUUCCAAUUGAUGCGAUCCAGGAAAAUUAUGUCCGUAAUGUGAGAAACUGCAUUUUCUCAAUUGUAUAUCCUACACCUUUUAAAUCUAGAGUUCGCCUUGUAACUGUUUCAAAGGAAGUUCUUGAAAAUAUUUUGGAUCUUGACAUAUCUGUCAAAGGAACAUCUGAUUUUCUUCAGUUUGUCAGUGGUGGGAAAGUGAUGCUUGGGUCUGUUCCAUUGGCCCAUAGGUAUGGGGGUCAUCAGUUCGGUAGCUGGGCAGGUCAGCUGGGUGAUGGAAGAGCCCACUUGGUCGGAGUAUAUACAAACAGGCAUGGUGAGAGGUGGGAACUACAGUUAAAAGGGUCAGGAAAGACCCCAUACUCCAGGAAUGGCGAUGGAAGAGCUGUGCUUCGCUCUUCUGUGCGAGAAUUUUUGUGUAGUGAGGCCAUGCACUAUCUUGGAAUUCCUACAAGCAGAGCUGCUAGCUUAGUUAUAAGUGAUGAUGAUGUGUGGAGAGACCAGUUUUACAAUGGAAAUAUUAAGAAAGAAAGAGGUGCAAUAGUGCUACGUCUUGCCAAAUCAUGGUUUCGUAUAGGAUCCUUAGAAAUCUUAGCGCGUUCUGGGGAACUGGACUUACAAAGAAGAUUGCUAGACUUUAUCAUCCAGGAACAUUUUCCAUCAAUAGCCAUGAAUGAUUCAAAUAAAUAUCUGGAAUUUUUCUCUACAGUCAUAUCAGAGACUGCAAAUAUGAUUGCGUUGUGGAUGUCUGUGGGGUUUGCACAUGGUGUGUGCAAUACAGAUAACUUCAGUUUAUUAUCCAUAACAAUAGAUUAUGGUCCAUUUGGAUUUAUGGACUCCUAUGACCCAAAUUUUGUUCCAAACACGUCUGAUGAUGAAAAGAGGUAUAAAAUAGGAAACCAGGCAAAUGUUGGGCUGUUUAAUCUGAGCAAGCUGUUACAAGCUCUAAAACCUUUAUUGGAUGCCAGGCAAAAGCAGCUAGCUUCCCAGAUUUUGGAGGGGUAUGGUGAGCGCUAUUACAUCCGCUUCACAGAACUAUUUAAAACAAAACUGGGUCUUCUUGGUGAGAGUGAGGAUGAUAACUAUUUGAUUGCUUUCCUCCUAAAACUUAUGGAAGAUACAAAGGCUGAUUUUACAAUGACAUUUCGGCAGCUCAGUGAAAUUACUGAAGACCAGUUAAAGGAGCUCCAUAUUCCUGAGGAGUUCUGGGCGCUCCAGGAUCUGGGUAAACACAAGUUAUUUCCAGAAUGGGUUACUAUGUACCUCCUGAGAUUAAACCGUAACAAGGAUGAUUCAGAUGCCAAGAGAAGAACAAGAAUGACAACUGUUAAUCCUAGAUACGUACUUAGGAAUUGGAUGGCAGAAUCAGCAGUGCAAAAAGCUAAUUUGAAUGAUUUCUCAGAGGUUCAUCUCCUACAGCAGGUUUUACAAUAUCCCUUCCAGAGACAGCAGGCUGCAGAGAAAGCAGGCUACUCCCUGCGCCCCCCAGCUUGGGCCAAGGAUCUUAAAGUAAGCUGUUCAUCCUGA